CAAAGGUGAUACCCUACCGCUUGUUUUGGAUGUGGCUGCGGGGCGGUAUUAUCGUCUACUAGUUUGGUGAUAAGGUUGCUUCAAGUUCACUUCUUUGAAUUUCUAAUUUCCAACUCCUACUCUCGCCAUUUAUUUUGAUUCACGCUGCGCGUUUAUUGAUUUGUUGGUUUAUAUUCUCCUUAUUUCACGCACCUCCAUCCUCAUACACAUUACAACUCUUGAUUACACUCCAAAUUACUGACGGUUAACGCUAAGAACGACCUAGGGAUAUGAUGAAGCGCAGCAAACGUGCAGUUGUCCAGUCCCCAUCAUCGUCGACACCGACAAUUUCAAGACAUGGUCUAGAUCACUCACCACUAUUUUCCCUAUGCAACAGAGAUUCAGACAACGAUAAUUCUGCAGAGCACUUUGGAUUGCAAGUUUCUCCUUUGUUUUCAAGAAGUCGGCUUUUGUCUGCAAUAUGUUCCCCUUUAGAAGUCGAUUCACAACCUACAAAAGGGUAUUUUAGUUGCAUGUCUCCUAACUGUGGUCGCGACACUCCGUCCCCAGAUGGCCAUGCCUAUAAUCCAGACUUGUCUGACCGAUCCAUCGGUAAGGGUUACUUAAGUGACCAUUUACAGCAUAGUCUUUCCUAUGCUCGCCGUAUGGAGCAGCGUGCGCUACACAUAUCCGCACGAAUUUCACAGUCUGCAAAUUUAUCAAUGAGCCCGCGCCUUCUUUUCACACCUGAAACUUGUAAUUCUUCGGACACAGCUGAUUCGAUCUCAGGGCAGCGAAAAAGGCAGUCUGUAGUUGACGAUCUAAAUAUGCAUUCUUUUAUGACAAUCAGUCAGCAAACGACUUCAACUGUGGAAAGAUAUGCUCGCCUUGCAGAUGUGUGUCCUGACUUACUAAACCGUCGAACUGUGAAUAGAUUCAUGAGCCAGUAUACACCAGGGGAAAAGUAUCAAGAAGAAAGACCUAUUGGAAUGAACCCGAUCUUCAACUGUAACAAUCUUGCAGGAUCGUUCUCAAACCUUGUUGAUAUCUGUCGAACUAGACUGGCUGUGUUGUAUAAGGCUAGGCAUCGUCUAAGUGGCGUUUUAUAUUGCUUGAAGAGGUCACGCUGCGACUUUGAACUAGAACAUCUUAAUGGAAGUUCAUCCGUUGAAAUGCUGAAUGAAGUACAAGCCUUGGCAUUGCUUCAACAUUCCAAUAUAAUUCGGUUUUUUGGCUCCUGGUACGAGGCUGACUCCGUGUAUACACAGUUGGAAUUGUGUUUAGGUGGCAGUCUGUUUCAUUUACUAUAUCCAGAUAGACAAAAUGACACUUCUGAAGCUGUGUCCCUUGUGUCAACCAACCACAUUGACAACGAAAUACCUGGUUCUCCUACAUCUGGUUCUCCAAGCGAUGCAAACCGUAACCGUUUAUCAGAAAAACCGUUGAUUGUCCUGGCGUCGCACGUUCUUAGCGCUCUUCAUUAUAUGCACACCAAUUGGUCGAUGGUCCAUGGUGAUGUAAAACCGAGUAAUAUCCUAAUACAACUAAGCAGACCUGAAGCUUAUUUAGCGUCUGCUAAAGAGUGUAUAGAAAUGGAUGCCAAACGCCACUGUCAUAAGCUUUUACUUGCGGGAGAUACUGCGGGGAUCGUCUUUAAGUUAUCUGAUUUCGGACGUGCAUCACGUGCUGGGGAAGAUCGUGAUGGUGAAGAUUUAGGUGACGGGCGCUAUCUCCCAAGAUUAAACGAUCCCAGUCCACCUGCUAGAGCUGCCACCGGACGGGACCUCUAUGCACUGGGAAUAACGCUUUAUCAUUCAGCGGGUGGCCCUAUGUCAGCAUCAGUUUGGGAACGACUUCGUGAGACCGAUUGCUUACCAGAUCUUUCCGUACUUCCUGGUUCCUUGAGACCAGCUGUAAAAAGUCUUUUACGACCCCUUGCUCAAGAUAGACCAACUGUUUCUGAACUAAUCAAUUAUCCUUUAUUUCGUCUUCAUGUCAAUGUUCGUUCGGAUGAUCCUUGCCCAAUGCUUGACAUUGGUUGUAGCAGUUGAGUUCGUAGUUAGACUAUUCCAAAUAAUUCUAAAGCUGUAACUCAUUAACCAUAUCCUACACAAUUGUUAUAUUCAGUCUGUACGGAUUUUGUCACACUUAUUCUAUCAUCAUAUGAAGAAACCCAUUUAACUAUCAUUUUUUUGUACAUCAUUGAAUUAUUCCAUUGAGAGAUCUUAUUUGAACAGAUUUUUUUCUAAGUAAAUAAUCUCUUUUCAUUGUAUGAUUGGUGUUAUCCAGCGGUAGUAAAAAAUUAUAUAAUGAAUUUUGGGCACAUCUUCAGAUCUAGUGGGGUUUUUCGGAUUUGCUCUUCAUCCAUCAUGGGCU